AUGGGUGAGCCUACGAUGUCGCUUUUCAACAUUGUUUGUAGUGUACAACCACUGAUAUUGCAUGAGCUUCAACAACAUUAUGCAUCUGACCCCGUUGGCAAGCAGUUAGCAAGCAAGUUUGGGACUACUAAUGCACCUUUAGCCUUUUCUUUCCUUUUGGAGAAUGUUAAAACAUGGGUUCAAGAAUGUUCAGACAACACUAAUAUGGUCGCAGAUUUCUUGUCCUGCAAGGGUGAGCCUACGAUGUCGCUUUUCAACAUUGUUUGUAGUGUACAACCACUGAUAUUGCAUGAGCUUCAACAACAUUAUGCAUCUGACCCCGUUGGCAAGCAGUUAGCAAGCAAGUUUGGGACUACUAAUGCACCUUUAGCCUUUUCUUUCCUUUUGGAGGUCAGCCCCCUAUACAUCGCAUCUGAAGUUCAUAUCCACUACAAUCCUCCACAACCACAGAUUCACCAAUCAAUUCUAGUUCUACAACGGAAUAGUGGCGUCGUCUGUGAGAAUUAA